AAGAAACACGUAUGCAAGACUUGCAACAAGCGCUUCAACCGACCCAGUAGCCUGAGGAUACAUAUCAACACCCAUACUGGGGCUACCCCUUUCACCUGUCCGUUCCCUGGUUGCGGGCGUGAAUUCAAUGUCAACUCCAAUAUGCGCCGACAUUACCGAAAUCAUACC